CAGAUGGAGUUACGAUUCAAGUCCGGGAUGUCGUUUCUGACCUACUGGAUCUUUGUUUUACAAAUGCUGGGGAGCCCAUACCGCGGCGCCGAAGGCCACGGCAGACUGAUGGACCCGCCGGCACGCAACUCUAUGUGGCGUUUCGGCUUCCCCAACCCUGUCAACUACAACGACAACGAGCUCUUCUGCGGGGGCUACGCCGUCCAGUGGGAGCAAAACUCCGGCCGAUGCGGCGUGUGCGGCGACGCGCAUCACCUCUCCGAACCUAGGCCUCAUGAGGCCGGAGGCAUGUUUGGGAAAGGGAUCAUCACGAAGCAUUACAGUGUUGGACAGGAAAUCGAAGUGGAGAUCGAACUGACGGCCAACCACCUGGGCACGUUUGUGAUGAAACUAUGCCCAAACAACAACCCUAAUCAGGAAGCUACGCAAGAAUGUUUUGACAGGUACCCCCUCGUCGUAUCCGGUACUCGCGAGGACCGCUUCCUGAUCCCCCUGGACACGGCCAAGAAGGAAGUCUUCCGGUACCGCGUCGGCCUGCCCGCUUACGUCACUUGCACUCAGUGUGUGUUGCAGUGGACUUAUUAUACUGGCAACAUGUGGGGCAUUUGCCCAAACGGUACGGAGGCCGUGGGGUGCGGGCGCUCCGAGACCUUCCGGAACUGCGCUGACAUCAGCAUCAUAACGAGCACCGGAGGCCUGCCGCCGGCCUUCGCUGGCGACCUCCGGAGGGACAACCCCUUCCUACUGUAUUAUAGGGACGCGUACCGGCCGCAGAACCUGUACCCGUUGGUUGUCAGAGCGAGGAGGUAUUCUGUAUCAUAUGAAUUUUCUUUCAGCAACGAUAUUUCGGAUAGCGACGAAGAUUUCGUCCCUCAAGUUAUUAGGGACCAAGUCUGCGUGCCCUCGCCUGCGUACCGCGUGCUUCCCGGUAUGCAGAAUUGGUGUCAGACCAACUGUCUCCGAUAUCCUCCUAAUUGUCCUGAGGCUCUGUGCUCAUGCCCACAAACCUGCGAAGCUAUUGGGGAGCUGGAGGGGAGAGAUGGCGCUGACGUCUACUGCUUGGACCAAUGCAUCGUCUACCCGUCGCGCUGCCCCGCCGACAGAUGUCGCUGUUAUUAACCAGCAAAACAUUUAGGACCGUCAA